GAUGCUUUGUGGGAGCUGCCGGCGCUGAAGAAACGUGGCGGGCGAAGAUGAUUCAAGCGAUUCUGGUUUUCAACAACCACGGGAAGCCGCGGCUGGUCCGCUUCUACCAGCGUUUCCCAGAAGAAAUUCAACAGCAGAUUGUUCGAGAGACCUUCCAUCUAGUUCUCAAGCGAGAUGACAACAUCUGUAACUUCUUGGAAGGUGGAAGUUUGAUUGGUGGCUCCGACUACAAGCUGAUCUACCGGCACUAUGCCACACUCUACUUUGUGUUCUGUGUGGAUUCGUCAGAGAGCGAACUUGGAAUCUUGGACCUCAUCCAGGUUUUUGUGGAGACCCUGGAUAAGUGUUUUGAAAAUGUUUGUGAAUUGGAUUUGAUCUUCCAUAUGGAUAAGGUGCACUACAUCCUUCAGGAGGUGGUGAUGGGUGGGAUGGUGUUGGAAACCAACAUGAAUGAAAUCGUCGCUCAGAUCGAAGCUCAAAACAGGCUGGAGAAAUCCGAGGGAGGCCUUUCAGCAGCUCCUGCCCGGGCUGUGUCUGCUGUGAAAAACAUCAAUCUACCGGAGAUUCCUCGGAACAUCAACAUUGGUGAUCUCAACAUCAAAGUCCCCAACUUGUCCCAGUUUGUCUGAGGGUCCAUGGCUACUGAACUGCAGUCCUUGAAGCAAGCCAAGCCACUCCUGCCACAGAGCCCACUCUGAGCCUUAGAAGGGUCAGGCCCCGGGUCCUGCCCCCUGCUGCUGUUGGGGUGCUGGUGGAGUUGGGGGUGGGGGGUGUCCCAGGUUCAUGGCUAGCAUGGGCUUGGUUUUCACAUGUGACACCUGCCGGCCUGUGAUACAUGUGGUCACUGCGGAUGUGGGAGGACCCUGGCUUCCUCUGUGGGGAUCCGUGUGCCCAAACCACUCGUACCUUUACUUCCCGCAUGUAGCCAAUUCAAGGGACCAGGCACUGUCUGGGGGCCCAUCUGCUUCCUAGAACCCACCACUAGGACUUUCUCUGUCUAGAGUCUUCAUCCUUAGCACCGUCAGCAUUCACUCUUGCUGACGAGGUGCCGAAGCUAGAACAGGGCCAACCCCUCAGUUAGGGUAUGUGGUCAGUGGCAAACAAGGGCCAAGUUUGAUGAGAACCAGAGUUACCCCCUGGCUCUAUUAGGGUUUUCAUGCCCAGAAGCCUUUUUAUAGGCAAGUUUCCUGGUUCCCACCGCCUUCAGAAUAUGUUUCCCUCACUGCCACAGUCUUAUCUCUGUUCACACAGGACGCAACCCAGAUCAUGAACCUGGCGCAUGCUAGUAGGGAGCGCACCCGCUUCCCCACGGCCGUUUCUCCAGCACAGCCACAAGGCCCCUCACCAAAGUGGGGAGGCCCCGUGUCUGUGGAAGGCAAAGCUGACGAUGUGUAGAAUAUCUCAGAUUUAUGACUCUUUACAGAUUUAAAUACAUUCUUCUCAUGAGGAACAGACAGA